CACAAGUCAAGGUUACUUGCUCUAUUGGCCUAGAACUGUGAUUAUUGUUACAAAGAAAAAGAAAUGGGUUAGCGUUUGGGCCUUAUGUUACCCUGAUACACUUGAAAAGCCCGCCGAUGAUGAUCCCUUAAAAUCUCAGAAAAGUUACUCCGAUCAUUUAAAGUCCGGUUCCCGCUCUUUGUACUGAAUGAAUCAAUAGGCAGAAAUUCUAUUGAAAAUCAAUCCUCACCAAAUAAUAGGAUUCAAGAAAGGGAAUCAACCCCAAAAUAUACUACUCCCAGGAAAUCCCUUUUCCGAAUAGGAGCAGGGAAAAAAAACUUGGGUAUUUAAAUUCAGGGCAACCCUUUCUCGAUACAAUCGCAUCAUGAGUACUAUUCUUCAUCUUUCAAGAAUUAGCAGCAGAGAGAAACUGAAAAGAAGAGACAGGUUUAGUUUUUGACGGUGUGAUGAAGAGACGUUUUACUAGAGAAAAAAUAAAUUAAUGGAGAUGAAGGGCAAUGAAGACGAUGCCAACAACGUUGGAAAUCAUCAGAGUUACGGAGACGGGGUUUCAUGGAUUCGAGGCGGGUUGCUUGGUAAAGGCGGGUACGGAUCAGUAUUUUUCGCUACGAUGAAAGAUCCCGUAAUCAGACCUUUUACGAUGGCAGUAAAAUCAUCCAAGCUUUCACGUUCUGAAUGGCUCAAAUAUGAGAAGAAAGUGUUAAGUAAUCUGCUGGGUGCUCCAACGUGAUCCAAUGUUUGGGAGAGGAAAUCACGGCCAGCUUCGACGGGUCUCCGGUUUAUAACUUGCUUUUGGAAUACGGUUCCGGCGGAAGUUUAGCCCAGAAGAUAAUUGACUCGGGGAGAAAGGGCUUACCGGAAUAUGACGUCAGGUGGUACACGAGAUCCAUACUCAAAGGACUCAUCACUAUUCAUGGAGCGGGUUACGCCCAUUGCGAUCUAAAGCCGGAGAACAUUCUGCUUGUCCCCAGGAGCCAUAGGCAUUGUCGGUUGGAAUUCAGGGCAAAAAUUUGCGAUUUUGGAUUAGCCAAAAAAAUGGAAAGAUACAAGAAAAAACAGAGUAACACGAAGAAGAAGAAGAAGUUGAAUCGGCAGGAGGCUUUGUGGAGGGGUACUCCUAUGUAUUUGCCGCCAGAAGCGGUGCUAGAGGAAGGCCUGCAAGAAACUCCCGGCGACAUAUGGGCCUUGGGCUGUGUUGUGCUAGAGAUGUUAACUGGGCUUCCGGCAUGGGGUAUGACAGAAGGGCCGCUGUCUGUGCCGGCAAGUGCACCGGAAGAUAUGAUCACAAAGUUUCUCAAAGGAGGUUUUAAGCCUAAAAUCCCUCACGAAUUGUCGGAUAAGGCGAGGAGUUUCUUAAGAUGUUGUCUGAAGAGAACGGUCAAGGAUCGAGCCACCGCAAGGACAUUGUUGUGCCAUCCGUUUGUGUCUUUGUGAUCGGAAAUAGUAGCACUGCUGGGGUUCAAGAAGGACAUAUGGAGGGACAUUUGAAUACCAUGGCGACCAAGGAUGUGAGCGAGCUGAAAUCUUGUAUGAUGUAGAGAAAUUCAUUUAGUUUGACCAAUUGCUGUAAUAAAAUGAG